AUGUCUGACGGCAAACUUCUCAAGUUCCAGAUUGUGCUUGACAGCAAGGAUGGAGCCCCGUUCCCCUCGUUCCCCAGUUCUGAGAUCGGCAGUGGUGAUCCUUCCAAGAUCACUCUGGCCUUAAUCCGUCAGAAGGCUUCUGUAUCAAAGAAGUUGAGAUUUACGGCAGAUGAUAAAAAUUACAUCGCCGAUACGACUACUCUUGAAUAUUACUUGUCUUUGACUGGAGAGAGUUUGGAUGGCGAUGCUAGCAAAGGAAAUGAAACCGACAAAAAGAAAGAUGGGGCUGAAAAGCCGGCCAGCAGCACCAGAAUCCCUGUGGCUCGAGUCAAGCUCAUCACUAGCGCCACUAUGAACAAGCCUAAGCCGCAUGUUGAGCAAUCCAAACUACAAGAAGAACUCAAGAAUAUGCUUGGCAAAUUCGACGGGAAAGAUGCGGCUGCGGUGGAGGAUCUGAAGAAGUUGUCCGACACUGUUGCGAAGUUGACUGCCGAUUCAAUGAAUUUUGCUACAGCUGCUGGAACGGAACAGUUUCCUGAGCCAAUGGACUUGACAGAACAGCAAUGGGAGCGCGUUCUGAUGAACAAUAGGGCUCUACACGGAUACUAUGCUGCCCCCGGGAAAGUAACUCUUCGCAAGGCACGGAAGCAGGCUUUUGAAAUCGUGUCACUCUCCACUGAUGAAGAGACCAAUCAGGGUUCUGCUGACUGGCUUGAUCCUGUGCCCCCAGUCCCUCCAUUCUUUGUUCACGACGAUGCCAAAGUUUUUGUCACCGAGACGCUUGAUGCUUUCCAGUCCAGUAUGGCACGUCAAGGUUUUAGUUCCCUUGCCAUCGAAGCCAAUCUCUCUGCCAAAGGCUUCGGAGUUAGUGGAUCUGCCUCCGCAGCAUAUGAGGAAGAGAGCUCCAACGCAACCAAAAAUACCAACCAAAAAUCUGUACAGAAACUAGAGAUCGCCUACAAGUUUCCACGAGCAGUAAUUGAGUUGGAUGACUUCUGUCUGCGUCUCACACCUCAAUGCAUUGCUGAUGCGAAAGCGACAUCCAAUGCCAAGGACGUGGAUGACUUCUAUCGCGAUUAUGGAAACGCCUUUGUGACCAACUUCGCUGUAGGUGGAGAACUUUACAGCUCUCGGAUCCUCACACAGGCGGAACAAUCCUCAGUUACGACAACUAAAGAGAAGAUGAAAGCUGCAGCGGCACUCAGCGUCUCAAGUCCCUGGGCCAGCGGCGGGGCUAGCGUUGCCAAGACCAAUUCAAAGGAGGAGACUGCCAGCGAGCAAGAGUUACACCAGGAUUUGCAACUUGCUUGGGAAGCCCGUGGGGGCAAUACCUUGCUCUGUACCAACCCCUCUCAGUGGGCAAGCACUGUGAAGGACUACCGCCUCUGGCGUCUUAUGGAUCAACAACAAAUUGUCACUAUGGGCAGCCUCAUCAAACGCAUAGACUCAGGUAUCUCCGACCAUCUCGAAUCGCCAGCCACAGAUGAUGAAAGUGAGGAAAGAAUUUUGAAUAUUUUGCGCAAAAUCUUGGAGGCAUCUCCUCCCACUAGCGACGCAUCCAAGAUCCAGAGAUUUUAUGGUAGCGACAAGUUUAAGGUGGAAGAGUACAACAAGCUCUUGGAUUCGGAUGAGACUCCAUUGGUGAAGGGCGUGCCUUGGAGCAAACUCGAUAUUGAACAAAAGUGCAACGUGGGACUGCUGGCGCUUCGGAAGAAGAUUAUCUCGAUCCAUUAA